AUGAAAGUUGUUGGUUUGAAUAAAAGCAUGUCUUUAGUUAUUUCACAAUCCAAAAAUAAUAGAAUGAUCAAACAUAUUCUUAUUUAAAUCAACAUGCUCAAAUCAAAAUUUAAAUUUCAAAAGAAUCUUGGGUAUAAUGAAAAUAGGUAAAUAAAUCAUUUUAAUCUUAGAACUGUAUAUCAACAUUUUGCUAUUUGCACCAGAGAGAUAGUGCCUUAAAAAAAUGAUGCCAUCAUAUAAGUGAUGAAGAGAUAUUAUAUAAUUACUAUAUGUAAGUUAUUUGAUUAAGUGAUGAAAGUAAAGAAUAUCAUAUAGUUUGAUAAUGAGUUUUUUUAUAGGUUCAAGACAAUUAAUAAAUUUUUGGAGAAUUUAGAGUGGCUAAAUGAAAAAUAGUGAC